AUGGUGCAGGCCCGCCCCAUUCUCCCGCUUUCCAUCACCCCGCCCCAUUCUCCCGCUUUCCAUCACCCCGCCCCAUUCUCUUGCUUUCCAUCACCCCGCCCCAUUCUCCAGCUUUUCCAUCACCCCGCCCUUUCUCUCGCUUUCCAUCAUCGCGCCCCAUUCUCCCGCUUUCCAUCAACCCGCCCCGUUCUCCUUCUUUCCAUCACCCCGCCCCAUUCUCCUUCUUUCCAUCACCCCGCCCCAUUCUCUCGCUUUCCAUCACCCCGCCCCAUUCUCCUGCUUUCCAUCACCCCGCCCCAUUCUCCUGCUUUCCAUCACCCCCCCUAUUCUCCCUCUUUCCAUCACCCCACCCCAUUCUCACUCUUUCCAUCACCCCACCCCAUUCUCCCGCUUUCCAUCACCCCGCCCCAAUCUCCCGCUUUCCAUCACCCCGCUCCAAUCUCCCGCUUUCCAUCACCCCGCCCCAUUCUCCCUCUUUCCAGCACCCCGUCCCAUUCUCCCGCUUUCGAGCACCCCGCCCCAUUCUCCCGAUUUCCAGCAACCCGCCCCAUUCUCCCGCUUUCCAGCACCCCGCCUCAUUCUCCCGCUUUCCGUCACACAGCCCUAUUCUCCCGCUUUCCAUCACCCUGCCCCAUCCUCUCGGUUUCCAUCACCCCGCCCCAUUCUCCCUCUUUCCAUUACCCCGCCCCAUUCUACCGCUUUCCAACACCCGCCCCAUUCUCCCGCUUUCCAUCAUCCCACCCCAUUCUCCCUCUUUCCAUCACCCCGCCCCAUUCUCCCUUUUUCCAGCACCCCGCCCCAUUCUCCCGCUUUCCAUCACCCCGCCCCAUUUCCGCUUUCCAGCACCCCGCCCCAUUCUCCCGCUUUCCAGCACAACACCCCAUUCUCCCGCUUUCCAUCACCCCGCCUGAUUCUUCCACUUUGCAUCACCCCGCCCCAUUCUCCUGCUUUCCAUCACCCCGCCCCAUCCUCCUGCUUUCGAUCACCCCGCCCCAUCCUCCCUCUUUCCAUCACCCCGCCCCAUUCUCCUGCUUUCCAGCCCCCGCCCCAUUCUCCCGCUUUCCAUCACCCCGCCCCAUUCUCCCGCUUUCCAUCACCCCGCCCCAUUCUCCCUCUUUCCAUCACCCCGCCCCAUUCUCCCUCUUUCUAUCACCCUGCCCCAUUCUCCCUCUUUCCAUCUCCCCGCCCCAUUCUCCCGCUUUCCAUCACCCCGCCCCAUUCUCCCUCUUUCCAUCACCCCUCCCCAUUCUCCCACUUUCCAUCACCCCGCCCCAUUCUCCCUCUUUCCAUAACCCCGCCCCAUUCUCCCUCUUUCGAUCACCCCGCCCCAUUCUCCCUCUUUACAUCACCCUGCCCCAUUCUCCCGCUUUGCAUAACCCCGCCCCAUUCUCCCGCUUUCCAGCACCCCGCCCCUUUCUCCCGCUUUCCAUCACCCCGCCCCAUUCUCCCGCUUUCCAUCACCCCGCCCCAUUCUCCCGCUUUCCAGCCACCCGCCCCAGUCUCCCGCUUUCCAUCACCCCGCCCCAUUCUCCCGCUUUCCAGCACCCGCCCCAUUCUCCUGCUUUCCAUCACCCCGCCCGAUUCUCCCGCUUUCCAUCACCCCGCCCCAAUCUCCAGCUUUCCAUCACCCCGCUCCAUUCUCCCUCUUUCCAUCACCCCGCCCCAUUCUCCCUCUUUCCAGCACCCCGCCCCAUUCUCCCGCUUUCCAUCACCCUGAACCAUUCUCCCGCUUUCCAGCACCCCGCCCCAUUCUCCCGCUUUCCAUCACCCCGCCCGAUUCUUCCGCUUUCCAUCACCCCGCCCCAUUCUCCCGCUUUCCAUCACCCCGCCCCAUCCUCCCGCUUUCCAUCACCCCGCCCCAUUCUCCCUCUUUCCAUCACCCCGCCCCAUUCUCCUGCUUUCCAUCACCUUCCCCAUUCUCCCGCUUUCCAUCACCCCGCCCCAUUCUCCCCCUUUCCAUCAGCCCGCCCCAUUCUCCCUCUUUCCAUCACCCCGCCCCAUACUCCCUCUUUCUAUCACCCUGCCCCAUUCUCCCUCUUUCCAUCACCCCGCCCCAUUCUCCUGUUUUCCAUCACCCCGCCCUAUUCUCCCUCUUUCCAUCACCCCACCCCAUUCUCCCUCUUUCCAUCACCCCGCCCGAUUCUCCAGCUUUCCAUCACCCCGCCCCAAUCUCCCGCUUUCCAUCACCCCGCUCCAUUCUCCCUCUUUCCAUCACCCCGCCCCAUUCUCCCUCUUUCAAUCACCCCGCCCCAUUCUCCCUCUUUCCAUAACCCCGCCCCAUUCUCCCGCUUUCCAUCACCCCGCCCCAUUCUCCCGCUUUCCAUCACCCCGCCCCAUUCUCCCUCUUUCCACCACCCCGCCCCAUUCUCCCUCUUUCCAUAA